CUACAUAUACCUACUUUGUAAGGGCAGCUGCAGUAACUACAUAGGCCUACUAAAGGUCAAAAGAAAACAAUGUGAUUUGGAACUCAGCCAGUGUUUGAGGAGUCACUGCAGGUCUAUCUGAUGCCUGUAGAGGACACUGUGGUUCUCACUGUAGAUGUCUCCUCCCAUGCCGACCGGCUCCAGUCUCCAGACAGCGUCUCAUCGCGUCUCCGGCAUCAACUUCCAACGCUAAUGUCACAGAAAGUGGCACAAACGGAUAUUUGCGUGCUAUAAUUCGCUGCGGGUGAAUUAAAGGCAGCGCAGCCUGAUUUGGGCCAGCGGAUCUGCCUCUAUGUAUCCCGGUGUGUAGCCUAAUCGGUCAUGGAUCUGGUUUUCAUAACAACUUUGCCGUCCUAGACCGGUUAGAAGAAUCUCUGUUUAUUAGGACAACAAUUAAGAGGACAUGGACAGGGCGGAUGCGAGCCAGCUGUCCGACGAGGACCUGCUGAUGCUGGGGAAGGAGGAUCUGAUUCAGAGGCUGAGGCGGCUGGAGAGCCGCAACAUGGACCUGAUGCUGGAGCACGGGAACAUGAUGAAGGACGUGAACCGGAGCCUGCAGGUCCACCUCCGCGAGAUCCGGAGCCUGAAGGAUGUCAACCAGAGACUGCAGGACGAUAACCAAGAGCUCCGGGAGCUGUGCUGCUUCCUGGACGAUGACCGGCAGAAGGGGAGGAAGGUGUCCCGGGAGUGGCAGCGGUUCGGCCGCCACACGGCCAGCGUCCUGGUGAAAGAUGUCGCUCUGUACCAGCAGAGGCUGACCGAGCUGGAGAGCAGUCAGGAGGCGCUGCGGACGGAGAACAUGGAGCUGAAGGAAAUGGUCCUCAUGCUGGAUGAGGACAGGAGCGGAGCCGGCUCCCGGAGCUCCAUCGACAGCCAGUCCAGCCUGAGCAACCUGAACUGCCCUGUGCCAGUUCGGGACGUCGGGGAUGGGAGCAGCACAUCCAGCACUGGGAGCGCCGGCAGUCCCGACCACCACAACCACAACCACAACCACUUACACAAAGCAUCUGAGGGAAAGAUAGCAUCUCUGAGGAGGUCUGUGGACUUCCAGAGUGGAGAUGGGCUCAGUGAUGAAUUAGCCAACUAUGUCAGACAGCUGGAGAACAAGAUGAAAAUGCUGGAAGAUGAAAACAACCAGCUGCUGUCUCAGACGAACGGAGGGGAAGUAGAGACACUGAGGAAGGGUUUGUCUUUUUAUCAUUCGGAAACCCAGCUCUCACAAUUCCAGGACAACAUGAACAACGGCGAUGCUCAAACCUCCAGCAGUGAGCCCUUCUCCACAGAGCUCUACCUCCCCCCCCGGCUGAAACCAGAAGCUAUAGUCCACGCAAUGAAGGUGCUGGACGUCCAUGAGAAGCUGGACAGGCAGUGCUCACAGGAAUAUGACGACGAUCUUAAUGAUAAAGAGAAGGCCAUUGUCAGAGAGAUGUGUAACGUGGUUUGGAGAAAGCUGGGUGAUGCUGCAGGAUCCAAGCCUUCAAUCCAACAGCAGCUUUUAGGCAACCAGUUUAAAGGGCCUUUAUAGUUGUCAGACACCAAGUGAAGCCACAAAUGGUUCCAACAAUCCUACAUUACUAGCUUGAACUGGAAACUUUUCAGCAGCGUGUUUGAAACUGAGUCAAAACGG